AUGCAUGAUGAGUUUGAUGCUCUUAUUAAAACAGGGACUUGGGAUUUGGUACCUAGGCCUACGGGGGUGAAUAUUGUUAAUUGUAUGUGGCUAUUUAAACACAAAUACAAAUCUAAUGGUGACCUUGAAAGGCACAAAUCUCGUCUUGUAUGUGAUGGUAGGUCGCAGGAAGUUGGUAUGGAUUAUGAUGAGACUUUCAGUCCGGUAGUUAAUCCGGCCACUAUUCGUACUGUUCUCAGCUUAGCUAUGGCUAAAAAGUGGUUGAUUCAUCAUUUAGAUGUCAAAAAUGCCUUUUUACAUGGUGAUUUGCAAGAAACUGUUUAUAUGCAUCAACCUCCAGGUUUUGUUGAUCGGAGAGCACCCUCCUAUGGUGAUGAUAUGGCAUAUUUGCUUCUAUAUGUUGAUGACAUUAUAUUAGCUACCUCUUCUAACAGUUUAGCAGGUGCUCUUCAGUAUCUUACCUUCACUAGGCCGGAUAUUGCCUAUGCGGUACAACAGGUGUGUCUUUUUAUGCAUGUUCCCCGGGAAUCUCAUUAUGAUUCUUUGAAGCGCAUUCUGCGCUAUGUUCAGGGUACCAUUGAUCAUGGCUUAUUUUUAUAUCUGUCUACUUCUACUCGUUUGACUACUUACACUGACGCUGAUUGGGAGGUUGCCCCGACACCCGUCUUUCCACAUCGGGUUAUUGUUGUUUCUUGUGGACAACCUUGUUUCUUGGUGUAG